AUGAACACUGUGAAAAGGGGAGAAAAGGAACAGCUUUUAGACUCUUCUGAUGAAGAAAAAGAAGAGUCUCAAGGAGAUGUUCAAGCAGACUUUGAGUUCUUUGACCCUAAACCUACAGACUUCAACGGAGUCAAGAUUCUCCUAAAGAACUAUCUCGACGACAAGGAGUGGGAUUUGAGCAGUUUUGUUGAUCUGAUACUGGAACAGAAGAUUGUAGGAACAGUGGUUAAAGUAGCAGAUGAUGAGGAUGAGUCUGUAUUUGCUGUUGUCUCUGCUCUUAACUUAGCAAGGUAUAAGGAGAAUCAAUGCUUUAGAGAGGUUAAAGAGUUUCUUCUUAAAGUUUGUUCAGAGAGAGAUAUAGCUAGUAGUGAACUAGAACUGAUGUUAGAGAAAAAGGCACAAGAUGUUGGUUUGUUGGUAUCUCAAAGAGUUAUGAAUCUGCCUCCUCAACUUCUUCCUCCGUUGUAUGAUGGAUUGUUUGAUGAAGUCUCAUGGGCUACUGAAGAUGAGCCUACAGAGGAGCUUCGAAGAUCAUUUCGCUUCAAGUCUUAUCUUCUAGUCACCAAGAUUUAA